AUGACGGCCUACAUAGCCCUUAGUUACUGCUGGGGAAAAAGUCAGAAUGUGACGCUGAGGUCCGAAAACCUGGAGCUUAUGAAGUUAGGUUUCAUGGUCUCCGGUCUACCGCAGACUUUACAAGAUGCCAUCGCCGUCACCCGAGCGUUAGGCCAACAAUACCUAUGGGUGGAUGCCUUGUGCAUCAUCCAAGAUUCUCCAAGCGACUGGGAAGUUGAAUCGUCGAGGAUGGCCUCGGUAUACCGUAACGCCUACCUUACCAUCGCCGUCGCUACCGCCUCUGACGUUUCUGAGGGGUUUCUAUCUCGUAAUUACCGGGCAACAAACCCUUGGUACAGGGAACCAUAUCACGAGGAUUGGCUCAACCGCGAUGGAUGCUCGACUAUGUUAGGCGCUCGACUGGUAGAAGCUACAGAAUUCUUCAAUGACAAAGGUGACUUCGCUCACAAGCUACCCUGGACACUUCGUGGUUGGGUGUUGCAGGAACAGGAGCUCUCGAGAAGGCUACUCAUUUACGAGGCUUAUGAGCUCCAUUGGGUUUGUCAAAACAAGAACACUUACCAGUGCUCUUCAGAUCAGGUGCUAUCAAGUGGCUACAGCGUGGAUCUACUGGUUGGCCCUCCUAUUUUCUCAAUAACUGCCUCCACCGCACAUAAACAGCAGUGGCACCAUAUUGUUGUCCACUAUACUGCCCGCGAACUUACCGAUUCCCGUGACAAGCUGCCAGCCAUCUCUGGUCUGGCAAAGAUUUUCCAAGAGGUCAUACAGUCGCCAUACUUCGCAGGCAUGUGGGUAAAACAUCUUUUGUGGGACUUGCUGUGGGAUUGUGUAGGACGGAACGUGGGAUAUGCUUCAGAGCAGUACAUCGCACCAAGUUUCUCUUGGCCGUCUGCUUCCUCUGAUGUCGUUUUUGGUUUGGAUCUUAUGUCCCCGACAGAUGAAUGGGUUCCUCGUGCUGUCAUCGAAGACAUUGGUUCCAUCAUAGAUGGAAAAGAUCCUCUGGGUCGGCUGAGCAACGGCUGGAUCAAACUCCGCGGUUUUACUUUCAAAGCCGCUCUUGCUGACAACCCAGAUGGUCCUCAAGAACAUGGGUUUCAAAGAUAUUCUGUCUGGACCGAAUAUCUUGGAGAAGCCAUUUUCAAGAAGACACAUGGUUAG